AUGGUCUCUCAAAAGCCCAGCUACCGCAUCGCGUCCAUCCCGGGCGACGGAAUAGGGAUCGAAGUCGUUCAAGCCACCAUACAGGUGGUAGAAAAGCUCGCCAAGACCCUUGGAACAUUUGACAUCGAAUUCGCCCACAUUCCCUGGGGAACUGCAUACUACAAGGAACACGGCCGAUAUGUGUCAGAAGAUUGCUUGGACACGCUACGCAAAUUCGAUGCAGGACUGUUCGGUGCCGUCGGUGCCCCAGAUGUUCCGGACCACAUUUCUCUCUGGGGUCUCUUGCUAGCGAUUCGUGGACCGCUACAGUUAUAUGCCAAUGUCCGUCCUGUGCGCACAUUCCCCGGCACCCAAUGCCCUCUCAAAACCGCCACCGAGGGAAUCGAUUGGAUGCUUGUGCGCGAAAACUCCGAAGGGGAGUAUUCCGGUCAGGGCGGACGCAGUCAUGUCGGCCAGCCGUGGGAGGCUGCGACGGAGGUGGCUAUGUUCACCCGGGUGGGUAUCGAAAGAAUUAUGCGCUUCGCGUUUGAAAUCGCUCGAUCCAGGCCCCGUAAGCAACUGACGGUAGUGACGAAGAGUAACUCCAUGCGGAAUGGUAUGGUGCUUUGGGACCAGGUUGCGGCAGAAGUCGCAAAGGAUUUCCCCGAUGUUACCUGGGACAAGAUGCUGGUUGACGCAAUGACCGUCCGCAUGGUGGCGAAGCCUCAGUCUAUUGACACAAUCGUGGGAACUAAUCUGCACAUGGAUAUCCUGUCCGAUCUGGCGGCUGCGCUGGCUGGGUCCAUUGGUGUGGCUCCCUCCAGUAACCUGGAUCCAACCCGGAAGAGUCCCUCCAUCUUUGAACCGGUGCAUGGCAGUGCGUUUGACAUCACUGGAAAGGGGGUGGCCAACCCUGUGGCUACUUUCUGGUCCGCCGCGGAGAUGCUGUCCUGGUUAGGUGAAAAGGAGGCGUCGAAGAAGCUCAUGGAUUGUGUGGAGAAAGUAUGCGCCGCAGGGAUUUUGACUCCGGAUCUUGGAGGAACCGCGAAGACCCAGGGGGUUGUAGAUGCUGUGAAUAAGGAGAUUGAACGCUUGCCCAGCAAGCAUCAUGUCCAUGCCAGGAUGGAGUCCUCGGAUCACACGUCUGGUCCGUCAGAAAUUGGUUCCCUGACGGCGCAAUCUAAUGAAGAGAGCCAAUUUGUCGGAAGUUCGAGCGGCGUUUACUUUAUAAAUACUGUCCGACAGGCCUUCUCACAGAAUCUGAACCCUUUGGGUGCAGCCUCAGGACAGGAGUUUCCGCAGCCAGAGGACACCCUCGUGGGCAGUGAUGGCUCGCAUCAUGAUAAGCGCUCUGCCCCGUCCUCCGCCAAAGCAUCGCCGAUGCCGGCAGGUGAGCAACCGUUUUGCCAAUGGGAAUAUGAUCCAGCAAUGGCAGCUAUACUAGGUCAAGCACCGCCAUUGGACAUUGCGAGAGAGCUCAUGAUGGUAUACUUCAGAGUUUGGCAUCCUUUGUUUCCCUUUCUGCAUGGGCCAACCUUCCUGCAAGCAAUGGAACUACUCUAUUCGGGUCACCGCAAGAGUCAGUCCAUUCAAUUGUCGCCAGAUCACCGAAAUACAUGCUGGACGGUGAUCUUCCAGUGUGUGUUUAAUCUAGCCAGCCAUUUGAGGCCCGACUUAUGUCUUCCGCCAGAGUCCCAAAUUGAGUCAUCUAGCAAAAUGCAUUCAUUACUCAGUUCUCUUUCAUUCAGAAACGAUCUCUCUUCUCUGCAAGCGCUGCUAGCUUCUCAGUUGUAUUUGGUGACCAAAAUGUCGCUUCGAACGGCCUCGACUGUGGGCGGUUGCAUGCUACGAUCAAUGAUGCAUGCCGGCCUUCAUCGCUGUCCGUUUCGGUAUAGAGAGCUUUCCUCACAUGACCGGCAGUUGCGCAAGAGGGUUUUUUGGUGUGCAUAUGCCAUUGACCGAUACUUGAGCCAGGCUCUUGGUCUACCUCUCGGCAUUCAGGAUUCUGAUAUCGAUGUCUGUCCUCCGGGGGGCGACGAGAUCCAUUUCCCUGGAUCAUUUAGUGCCCAAGGGCUCAGAAUGGGCCUGUGUUCUUUCAACUUUCCCAGCGAGAGGGCAUUAUCUGCACCAGAAAGCAGCGCUGAUGCCAUACAACUGCCCAUUGAGCAACCAGCUGAAGCUGACUCUCAUGGCAAUACGUCGAGCGACUCCGAGCCGCUCCAGAACAAACGAGAGAUCGCUUUUGCAAGCUACGUUGAAUCCGGCAAACUCACCGGCCGCGCACUAGAACUCUUUCAUAAAUCCAUCCUCGUACGCUCCAUCCGUCGCAGCUCCGUCCUCUUCCUCAUCACCGAUGUCCACAAAUGGUGGAACGGUCUCUCAAUCGAUCUCCAAACCCUAAAUCUCACCAUCGACCAAGGCGCCCCGACAGAUAAACCUUUCAACUUCGGGCCAUUUUUCACCGUCCUUUACCAACACCUUAUCCUCCUUAUCAACCGACCUUCCCUAUCCCUAAGUCCCUCAACGCCCGAAUUCUGCUCGGGCCUCCAAACCUGCAUCGGGGCCGCCCGAGAAAUCCUAACCGCACUCAAGGCACAGGUAAAUUCCAAGCAAGCAUUAUUCUGGCCCGGAUUUCUUUCCGCUUCCUGGAUGUCCGGCCUCGUCAUUGCCUUUGCCUGUCAACUUCGACAAUAUGUCUUACCAAAGGGAUUGCAAGAAAUUACUGAAUGCCUCGAGUUCCUCCAUAUCAUGUCCACGCAAUGGGAAACAGCCAAAAAUUGCCACCGAGCACUAGCACUCUUAUCCCGAAACAUCCAGCACGCAAGCACAGCACAUCGACCUUCCGAACCAAUCUCCGGAAGAAUCAGACCAGAAGACGAUCCCGACACCAGAAAGAAACGGCGGUUAAACUCCCAUCCCACCAUGAGGAAUUCUCGACUCGGAUCCCCAGGUCUCGAAACCACGGAUAACGAUAGUGAUGACAAUGAUGGUACUCGGAAUUUGAAUGCAACGAAUGUAUCGUAUGCGUACGAUAUACAAGCUUUGAAUAACCCGUCCGAAAUGUUACAAAGUAAUACUUCUGGGAAUCGGUUGUUGUUGUCUCCUGAUACUGUGGAAAGUGCGGAAGAUCGACUUUUUUUUCCCGACGGAGGUGCGCAUAAUGCGAUGGAUUUUGAAUUGAAUAUGGUCGAUUUACUUCAGGGAGCGAACUUCGAUAAUUUGUUUGAUAUGUUCGGGCAACAGUACCCGAGUUUUUGA